AUUUAUGACCUGAAAAUAAUAUGCACCGAGUAGUGGCCAAAAGAAUUUUUCUGAAAAUUAAAUUGACACAUGACAACUGCCACUGCCUGAGAAUGUAUUCGAAUUUCAUACCCUGGAAGAACUCCCUCACGGGAUACUACUCGACUGAUUUCAGAAUUUAUAAACAAUUAGUGGCGGAAAAAUUAGGAGUCGAUCGAGAACAUGCAGCGAUGCUCCUAAGGAGUAAUAGGCGGGUAAUUGGAAUUCCUGAGGAAAGAAUUACAAAAAAUUGUCACAUCUGUCAGGUGGAGGAGGUGGACUUUAAUACCAGUAUUCGUGAUAUCAAGUUCCUCGAGUUGAGUGAGGAGGAUUUAAUAAAUAGAAUUUUACUGCUAAAAGAAAUGGGCGCACAGUACAUUAAUACUGCGAUGUUGAGAACAUGUGCGUCGAGAGUGCACGUAGUUUCGUUCAAAGCAUAUACUAAAAUCCCAAAUGACGACAUAAUCGCCAAAAAUAUGUAUUCCCACCUGCACGAGCCUCCACCAGGAGUCCCUCCCCUCAGCGAUCUGAAUGACUACAUGACAGUCAAAGAAUACCGAAAACGCUGUUUGCUGCACUGGCUAAAGUGGAGAUUGGAGAUACCAGACGACAACGAAAAAUUGCUGGAGACUUUUUUCAAGAGGUUGAGGUACAAAAGUUUCGCCAGACUGCGAAAAUCCUUUGAUAUUCUCCACGAAGAGCUGGGAAUGCCUGUAUCACUGAUCCGAGAGAAAAAGUGUCUCUCAUACGUAUCAGGAGUGGAUUUGCAGAAAAUAUUAACCCACUUGCCAGAUAUCUGCGGAGUUUCCGUGAAGGAGUUGUUGAAAAAUAAUCUGCCCCUCCUCAGGAUGACUUACAAGAGCUUGUGCCUAGCCAAGUUCGCUCUCGAGGACUUCGGGGUAACGUCAGAGCAACUGCUGGAGACACCCAAAGUACUUCUGGUGAAUUCGGACUCUCUCGAGGUUGGUUUAGAAACGAUAUCAGCCACACCGGAACUUAAAAUAUUAAUUGAUCAUCCACGCUUACUUCGAAUUCUUCUGACAAAGGAUGGAGUGCAAAGGCGAUUGGAUUACCUCAGGUAUUUGAGUAUCAAUCAUGUGACGGUGGCAGCUUUAGGAAGAACAAAGGUCGAGUUUGAUAAGUAUCUGAAGUCCGGAACAUAUAAGGCAAAGGGGGAUGAGAUAGGAUUGAUGCUGAAGAAGUAUUUCAAGAAGAGCGUCGCGGAAAUUCAGGAGAAAAUCGAGAUGCAUCCACUGUGGAAAUAUGUGGAUUUAUUCACGAUACAUACUACACUUCACUACCUGAUGGAGUCUUUCGAUGCUGAGGAUAUUUUUAAGAAUUUACCUUUAAUUCUUCAUUCACGGGAUAAAGUGGAGUUUCGACUGGUGAGUCUCAUAGAAAUGAAUAAACAGAUCAACGAAAAUAAUCGAUUCACCCCUAGCCAAAUACUCGCCCUGUGCGCUUACGAAAUUGAAAAAGAAUUUCACUUCACUGGUGACGGCGUCUGGGAAAAAAAUAAAAUAUUGACGAAGAGUCCUGAGGCAUUGCCUAAUGAAACUGAGGAGUGGAAAGUAUCAAAAAAAAUAUCUGUUGAAUGAUGUAAAUAUUUUGUUAUUUAUUAAUACAAAUAAAACUCAAAGACUGCCGUAAUAUAAAUCUAUCAAUAAACCACACAUGUCAGACAAAAUAUUCAACGUAAGCACUUAAAUUUAAGCGACGAUAUGAGCGCUAGAGGAAGUGGGGUAAAAUGGGUGCUAGAUAAUUUUUCAUUAUGAAUAAUUAAAUAAAAUAAUUAAAUCUCGGUAAUUAUCGGAUUCUGAAAAAAACACAAGAGGACUUUUUUGCAGAUUCAUAAAUUUCGGAGAAGAAAGGUCUUUUGGUAUUUUCUUUUAAAAUCAAUAGUUUUCAAAUAAAUCGGUCGAUAAUAAAAUUGUAAAAUUCCAAUAAUCGAAAAUU